AUGGCUCGUGCUUUCAAGAUCAAAGUUCCAGCUUCUUCCGCCAACAUCGGCCCCGGGUACGAUGUUCUUGGUGUCGGUCUUUCUCUAUUUUUGGAGUUAGAAGUCACCAUCGACUCCAGCCUAGCUCACGAGACCAACGAUGACCCCAACAACUGUAAACUGUCCUACACGAAAGAGAGUGAAGGUUACUCCACCGUCCCAUUGCGUUCUGAUGCUAAUUUGAUCACCAGGACCGCGCUCUACGUGUUGCGUUGCAACAAUAUUAGAAAUUUCCCAUCUGGAACCAAAGUCCACGUCUCCAAUCCAAUCCCUCUUGGUCGUGGGUUAGGUUCUUCUGGUGCUGCUGUCGUUGCAGGUGUUAUUCUGGGGAACGAAGUUGCCCAAUUGGGGUUCUCUAAGCAGCGCAUGCUGGACUACUGUUUAAUGAUUGAGCGUCACCCAGACAAUAUCACUGCUGCCAUGAUGGGUGGCUUUUGUGGUUCAUUCCUAAGGGACUUGACGCCACAGGAGAUGGAAAGACGCGAAAUCCCAUUGGCAGAGGUGCUUCCAGAACCUUCUGGGGGUGAGGAUACCGGCCUAGUACCUCCAUUACCUCCCACCGAUAUCGGCAGACACGUCAAAUACCAAUGGAACCCCGUUAUCAAGUGUAUUGCGAUUAUCCCACAUUUUGAGUUGUCCACCGCUGACUCCAGAGGUGUUCUUCCAAAGGCCUAUCCAACCCAGGACCUGGUUUUCAACUUGCAAAGACUGGCCGUCUUGACCACGGCUUUGACCAUGAACCCACCUAAUGCGGACUUGAUCUACCCUGCCAUGCAAGACCGUGUCCACCAACCUUAUAGAAAAACGUUGAUCCCAGGUCUCACGGAAAUAUUGUCUUGUGUCACCCCUUCCACCUACCCAGGCUUAUUGGGUAUCUGCUUGUCAGGUGCAGGCCCAACCAUAUUGGCUUUGGCUACUGAGAACUUCGAAGAAAUCUCCCAAGAAAUCAUCAACAGGUUCGCCAAGAACGGCAUCAAGUGCUCCUGGAAACUACUGGAGCCUGCCUACGAUGGUGCUAGCGUCGAGCAACAAUGA